AUGUCGACCUCCCCCCCCGACACCCGGCCCUCCCCCUCCCGGCCCUCCCUACCCCUCCGCAAGAUCUCCCUCGCGGCCUCAAACACAGUAUACACCUACCACUGCCUCUGCACGCACCUCCUCCUCGCGACCUCCACGCCCCUCGAAUCCCUCCCCACCCGGCGCUCCUCGCCUCCAUCGUCCCAAAACGACAUGAUCCUCUCGCUCGCCGCGCCCCUCAAACUCGGCUCCCUCAUCGGCACCGUACCCCCCACGGCGUCCGACGCCCCCGUAAUCAUCCGCUCAGACUCCGGCUUCGAGAAACGGUACCUCGCCCGCUGCGCGAGAUGCCAUCUCACGGUCGGGUAUCAGCUCGACUACGCGCAGUUCCCCGACACCGAGGGCGCGCCCGCGGAGGGGAGGCGCGAGGAUACGAUUUACAUCAUCCCCGGGUCGAUGGUGACGACGAGGGAGAUGGUCAUGGGGAAGUCGAGCGCGGGUUCGAGUUCGACGACGACUGGGGUGCCGGUGGGCAAGGGCGUGAGGAUUGAGGGAGGGGGGAGGACGGCGGCGGGGGUGGGCGCGUAA